AUGCGCGGACCAAAAAGAAGUCUCGAAGUCCUCAUGACGGGAGGAAGUGGCUUCCUUGGACGCGGGAUCGUCGAAAGGCUCCUCACACAACAUCCCGAGUGGCGCAUCUCCAUCCUGGACCUGCAUCCUCCCCCGGACAACCUUCGAAAACGCAUCGCACAGUUCAUUCCCGCGGACAUCUCGUCCGCGCAGUCGGUGAACAAUGCUUUCGUCGAGUACAGUCCAGAUCUCGUCGUCCACACUGCCGGCAUCGUGCCAGCGAGGAAGGAUCGCUACAGCACGGAUCCGAAGCAAUGGGAGAAAGUCAAAGCGAUCAACUACGGUGGGACACGCAAUGUCCUCGACGCGGCGAUGUCGUCGGGGUGCCGGAAGUUCCUGUAUACGUCCAGCUGUACCGUGAUUAUCGACGACUUGGACCACGAUUACUACAACAUGGACGAGAGCAUUCCAGUCGGUCGCGCAACGCUGCACUAUGGGAAGUCGAAGGGAAUGGCUGAAUCCUACGUCCUCGCCCCUGAGCUCGCAUCGCUUGGUCUGCAGGCCUGCGCUCUUCGCCCAGCUACCAUCAUCGGACCAGAGGACACGGCGGUCAUGAGCCUGAUCCACGACCUCAUUCGCAAGGGCGAGACGUACUUCAUCGUCGGCGACGGUGAAAAUUUCUACGACUGGAUGUACAUCGACAACGCCGUGCAAGCGCACAUUCUCGCGAUCGAGAAUCUUCUCACAACGCAGACAGCUGCGGGCCAGGCUUUCUUCAUCUCGAAUCAGGAACCGGUGUAUUUCUGGGACGCUUUUGCUUUUAUCUGGGCGCAGUUUGGGCAUGUGCCGAAGUACCGUAUUCAUAUCCCGACGGCGAUUGCGUGGUUUGUGGCUCUGAUACUCGAGAUUAUGACGUGGUUCACUGGAAAUGCUCCGACGAUUGAUCGUGGAAGUGUGAAGGAUGGUAUGAGGACGCAUUACUCGAAUAAUGCCAAGGCGAUGAAGGUGCUGGGGUAUAUGCCGGAAGUGCCGCUGACGGAGGGCAUACGGAGGGCGUGUGAUGGGUAUAAGAAGCAUUUGGCUGCGCAAGCGGCGCAGAAUGGGGAGACGAAGAAGGAGCGAUGA